AUGUUCCCUUCUUAUAUUAGAAAAUUUUCAUUUACACUUUUAUUAUGUAUAAUAGCAUUAUCAUGCAAUAAUAAUACAGAUAUUUAUUAUCUGACAAAAUAUAAAAACUUCCCAAUAGUAAAAUCACCGCAUAUAAGAUCAUUAGCAGAAAGUUACAAACAAUAUAAAAUAAAUAGUAAGUAUGAUGAGCUUAGAACUUUAGGUGCGUCUUCUCCACAAAAAAGAAAACCUAGUAAAUAUGAUGACAUUAGAUGCUAUGAUCAACCCAAACAAAAACAGAAAAAACCUAGUAAGUAUGAUGAUGUUAGAGGAUUUGGUGAACCCGCACAAAAAAAGAAAAAAACUAGUAAGUAUGAUGAUCUUAGAAGGUUUGGUGUACCCACACAAAAAAAGAAAAUGCCUAGUAAGUAUGAUUACCUUAGAACAUUAAAAGAACAAAACGUUAAUAAUAAAUGGAAACCAACAACUAAUGAUGAUUUAAAACUUUUGUCAGACAAUUAUGAAAAGGAAAAAACCGAAAAAUACAAAUUAUUAAAAUUUAUAAAAAAAAAGGAUAAAGAAAAUAGUGAAAGACAAAAACAUGGACUACCUCCAGAUAUGUCAUUUAAGGGAUUAUCCUCAAAAAAAGAAACAGAAGAAUAUGUAUCGUCAGAUGUAGGAUAUACAAUAAAAAAAGGAAUAUUAAAGGCUUUAAAAUUUACUUGGAGAUCUAUCAGCUUUUUUAUAAAACUUAUAUUCUUUGGAUUAAUAUCACUCCUGUUUUGGACAUGUAGAUGUAUAUCCUGUUUAUUUUAA